ACUUAGUACUUUGAAAGCUUUUUUUUUUUUUUUUUUCAUUUUUUUUUUCUUCUACUUAAGUGUGAAGUAACGCAAUUCCUAUAUUUGCAUUACGCGCCACAUUAGAAUCCAAAGCUAAAGUCGUCAGUUCGGAUACAGUAUCUUCGGCUGGAAGAAUUAAAUAUACCCUUUUAACCUAAAGAGAUUAGAAUUAGAGUCAUAAGAUAAACGAUCGUUGCAAAUUCACCAUGACCGAUGAUUCAAUUCUAACUAAACCACAGCCUUGGAAAAGCGUGACAGUUUUCAUAGGUACGCAUGUCGUGCAAAGUCAACAUAACACAAGGUCAACAUUACUCGACAGCCCUCUUGACAGUUGUCCGUUACUCGCACAGCAAUGAAAAUGAACGGACAGGUUAAAGACUCUAGGCCGACUUCUACAACGUCCAGGGUGAAAAGAGUUUCGUUUGCGGAUUUUGUUGGCCUAAAACUUGAGUUUGUGAGAACCAUUACUCCCUCCAGCAGCGAAGACAACUUAUGUACACUAGAGGACGCGUUAUGGAAAACCAACUGUGACGACACUGAGGCACCAAAGAAGCGGGUAAAAUGUCUGUACCCGUGUUUCGUUCAACCUUCAGAAUCAACAGACAGUUUCAUGAAGAGGGUUUACAGCCAGAAUGUGUGCCUCGAGUACAUCGUGUGCAAUAACUUAGUUAUCACCGGACUUAUUCGGGUGACAAAUUUAUCUUACAUGAAAGAGGUGACUGUCAGAUUUACACUUAAUGGAUGGGAGACGUAUCAAGACGUUUGGGCGGAUUUCAUGUCCACUUGUUUGGAUGGCAGAACAGAAACGUUUAGUUUUCGUAUCUCAAUACCUCAUGACUUUGAAGUAAAUCGGUAUAUGGAGUUCGCAAUUCGCUAUCGCGCCUCAGACAAUGAGUUUUGGGAUAAUAAUGGCCGUAACAAUUACCAAGUUCGGUGUUCAGAAAGGCUCCUUUUACAAACGGAAUAAAACGAUAAAACGAGAUUGCUUCUAUGCAACAGAGCGACCAUGGCUGGCAUGUGCUUUUCGAGCCGGCCUUUCUGAUUUAUCCGAGAAAAGCAGGUUGACUAGAAAUGUUUCUUAGACAUUGUUUAUGAACACUUCCCUUAAAAAAAUUAGUUGUACCAAUAUAACAAUCUAAACAUUUCCCCUUGAGAACUACAAAGUGUGUAUCCUCCGACAAAUUUCGUUGAGUCUUAGCCCUUUGCAUAGACAGACAAUUGUUAUUUCUGUAAAGCAAGAAGGCUUCCGGUCUUUGUUAUUUACAUUAUCUCUGUAAAAACGUGCACGAUAUCAUGGUCAUACAUAUUUCUCCAACGUCUUCAUUAUUUAGUUUGUCACACUGAUCUUGAUAUUUUUCACUUGGUCGGAAAAUACAUUAGUCACAGUUUGAAAACCGUAUCAUACGUAACUUGAAAUGCUAUGCAAAAUACAUACUUAAGAAAACAAGUCAACAUCAAGACAUUCGCCUUUGUAUUCAGGAAAUAAUUUUGCAAUAAUAAAUUAGCAAGAAGUCAACAGUCAGUCAACCAUGUUGUAAACGGUUAGUUUAUCUCACUGUGAUGUAGACUGAGUCGGUCAAAAUUAAAAAUAAUGUAGAUUGUAUUUCUUUAUGUUGUAUUCCGUAGGAAAUGCUGAAAUAUUUAUGUUCAUGUCAUCUAUGGUCAUGUCAUGUAUUUUAGGCAACUGCAAUUGCUAAAACAACUGCCACUGACUAAACAUCUACAACACACACUGGCUGUACAACAUCAGGGCCUAAAUAAAGACAUUUCAGUGAUGCGAGCUGUGGAGAGACAAUUUACCAAUACUUUGUAAAUGUAGAAAAGCCAUCAGUGCGCAGUUUGUGAAAGCCCACUAACCAUGGUAACCGAGAAUAGAGUAACUGACUUGCCUAUGGUAUAAUAGCCUAGAACAACAAUGAGUUUAUUGGCAGCCAAUAGCGGUUAAGAGACUACCAUAGAUACUGAUGUUUUGUAAACUACUCUCCUGUUACGCCCCGGGUUGUGGGACACAAGAUACAGUAGUAGCAGACACCGCGUGUAAGAAGCUAGUGGUUUGAGAACCUACCGGCAGAAAUUUGCCAUUUUAAAACCAAAAAAUAGAAGAACCCGUUCAGCCAAGCUAGAUCAAGCAGGUUCUUAUAUACGGGUUACAGUUCAAUCAUGAUAAACCUUUUAACCAAGGAGUGUGACUUUGAGAUUGCAAAUUUAUAUUACAAGAAAAUACAAAAUACAGUAGAGAAUAAAUACUAUAUAUUUAAGGAUUAGGCCCAAGUUUAUUCACUUUGUUUGUUUGUUUGUUUGUUUUUUUGUAGUCAACAACUAUACCUCCUUCAUAGAAAUUAAGGACAUUGUUAAGAAUAUACUUACAGAACCUAUUUGGCCAGACUUAGAACAAUAAGGGCUCUUACUCACGGGUUUUUGCUGUGCCACUAUCCAUUCUUGGGUUACGUUCUGGUGACGUUUUGGUUGUGCUCUUUGAUUAAACUCUUCUGUUGUAUCAAGUUUUGUCUGUCCUCUCGGUCUCCGAAGACUGUUUAGUGUGCUGUAACAGAUCUAGCUAGAUCUCUGCCUUCCCACAGCUAGCAAGUUGUCCCGUUCAGAAACGUGUUUUCUCGGGCCAAAAACCCAUUAUUUCAGAACUCCCUGGACAAUUAACAUUAUUGGUAAAAUUUGAAAACGACAAGAAGCGAAGAAAAAGAAAAAAUGAGAAUAAAAAUGCCUGAAAUUGCGAAAUAAUAAAAGUGCAAGUAAUUAUGAACGUUUGUUAAAAAGAAUGUUAAAUCUUAUAACAUGUUUUAUUCUGGCUUAAGCCCUUCAAUAUUUUUAAUAUUUUCAAUAUUUUCAGCUUUCUUUCAUGUUGAGACCACCAGGUAGUAAAAGAUUAUUCUCUGCCUGCCUAAGGCCCGGAAUCAGCCAGUUUUUGUCACUAUUACUCCGGCAUAAGUCUUGAUCAUUUUGCCUUACUAUUAUGCUCAAACUAACGCCGGCAUAAUUUGUAAAACCCUAGAUACAACUUAAGCGACAGUGGCAGAGUUGGUGUUUGCGGUUUUAGCUACAGAUCUAGAAGACAGAUGAUAAUAACUUCAACAACAAUUUUUUUUUUCUAAAUGCUUACAUUUUGGAGGGUAUCCUCACUGAUCUAAGAGAUCUGUGCACUCUGUGAUCAGUGGACUACGCCCUAAGAGGAACCGAUAUGUAUUAACUUACCUGAACCAUCAAAUUAUGGCCUGAACUCUUUUAGUUCUUUAGAUGUUAUGUCCUUGAGAUCCGUCGCCGAAAGAGCUGUCCUUCAUGAAACAAUUUCACCAAAGCAGACGCUGACUAUGUAAUUUUAACUAAGCCGUAUUUUU